GGGGCGCUCGUGACGCACUUCCGGCGUUCUAGACGAAGAAGAUGGCUGCGCCCCAGCAGCAGGCUUCAGCGGCUUCCUCAGCUGGUAGUGUGUCAGGUCCCGGUUCGGUUGGUGGCCCGGGUCCCCAGCAGCAGCCGCAGCCGUCCACGCAACUGGUGGGACCUUCCCAGAGCGGGCUCUUGCAGCAGCAGCAACAGGACUUCGAUCCUGUGCAGCGCUACAAGAUGCUCAUCCCGCAGCUGAAGGAGAGUCUGCAGACCUUGAUGAAAGUUGCAGCCCAGAACUUGACUCAGAACACUAACAUUGACAAUGGACAAAAGAGCAGCGAUGGUCCCAUACAGCGCUUUGACAAGUGCCUGGAGGAGUUCUAUGCACUCUGUGACCAGCUGGAGCUUUGUCUGCGUCUGGCACAUGAAUGCCUUUCACAGAGCUGUGACAGUGCUAAACACUCUCCAACGCUGGUACCCACAGCCACCAAGCCAGAUGCAGUGCAGCCUGACAGCCUGCCCUACCCGCAAUACCUGGCCGUCAUCAAAGCCCAGAUUGCCUGUGCCAAAGACAUUCACACCGCUCUGCUAGAGUGUGCCAACAAGGUCACAGGCAAGACACCCACACCAUCCACUGGCCCUGGAGGCAGCCUCUGAGGUCUUGGGCAGGGAGUUGGGGCUGGUGGUGGGGGUGGGCAUGGAGAAUGAAGAGUUGCCUGAGGCAAA